UCCCUCUCUCUCCUCACUGUGUACUUAUUUGGGUAUAGUUUUUAUCAAAAAAUCACUCCUGAAUUCUUAGUAUAAAUAGACCCACAGCUCAUGCAACAACUCCUUGCAAUAUAUGUGUUCACAUACUUGUAAUCUCUCUCUCCUUUCUGUCUCACACUUUCACUACCCCUGUGACCCUCGAUCUGUAUUCCAAGUUUCAAACUUCGAUUCAAAUCCCAGCUAUGGAGGAUCCGAUUGAUCACUACCAGAACAAAAGAAUUAACCCCACAAAUUCCACCACGCGGUUAAAGCUCUUCGGCUUCAACGUUCAAGAAGAUAUAGAAGAUGAAGUAGUGCUUGAAGAUGUAUCAGAUUCCACAGGCAAGCCUGCCACCCCAUCUGGCUCGCCGGAUUCCGGCUGCGGAGGCGGUGGUGGUGGUGCGGCUUUCCUUCCUUCCUCCGGUGACCGGAAAUACGAGUGUCAGUAUUGUUGCCGAGAGUUUGCGAAUUCACAAGCGCUUGGUGGGCACCAGAACGCGCACAAGAAGGAGCGUCAGCAGCUAAAGCGAGCGCAGUUGCAAGCCACGCGCAACGCCGCCGUUUCGUUCGUUCGGAACCCCAUAAUCUCCGCCUUCGCUCCUCCGCCGCACCUCCUGGCUCCGAACGGGUCCGUGGUAGUCCCGGCGCCUCCGGCCUCGUGGGUCUACAUGCCACCACGUUCCGCGCCGUCUCCAUUCCACGUGUCUGUGUCUCACGGUUGUGUGUUCCCGUCGUCGUCGAACAACUCUGUGAAUUAUACUGGGAUUACAGGUGGAAGAUCUGCGGGCGUAGGGAUGGUUCCCUAUGGUGGCGGUGCAGGGGAAUCGUCAUCCGCAUUGGCGUCCCUCGGGUCGCAGCAAGCACUAUCUCGGGUCAACGGACGGGUUGAUGGACCUUCCUUGAGUAGGUUUUCCAAGGUCGAAACUGGGCCCAAUUUCGAUGAAUCAUUGGGCUUGGACUUGCAUCUAAGCCUUGCACCAUCCGCCCCAUGAUGGCUCAGCUCGGCUCCAAAUUGAAUUGUAUCCAUCUUUAUAGGUUCAGGUUUGAGCCUCCACUUAUGGCUGGCUGCUCCCACUUCAGCUUCAGCUUAAAUAGCUUCGGCUCACUUCAAAUCUUGUACAUUUUCAUAUUUAUUUGUUUAUUUUUUUCCCUUCCAAAAGCUACUGAUUUUCACUUAGUUACUAGUACACAUUGCACUCAUUACCCAUUCAGUAUUGUACACAUGGGUCACAUCUCUGUCUCCAUUCCAUCAAUAGGCUCUAGCUUCUAACAUCGUUAAUUA